UUCAUAUAUAAAUUGUGGAGAUUUUGUCUUUUAAUCACACUCGUCCUCUGUUCAAUUGUGUGAUCACAUCAAUAAACUAUCAACAUGGUUCACAAGCUAAUCAUCUUCACCGCACUCUUCAUGUCUGCCACGUGCAUGUUUCUUCACCCAGCUCCGGUGCCGAUCUUUCUAGAAACUUUCCAAGAACCACCAAAACCUUACGACUUCUCCUAUGAGGUGAACGACCCCCACACUGGUGACGUCAAAUCCCAACAAGAGAGCAAGCGUGGAGACACAGUCCUUGGCCACUACUCCGUCAUUCAACCCGAUGGAAUCAGAAGGACUGUGGACUACCAGGCGAAUGAUUUAACUGGUUUCUUAGCAACCGUCAACAACCAAAGGCCCCAAGUCAACCAGCACCAAGAACAAUAUCAGGAAGAAUCCACUCGUCCAACUACAGCCAGCUCUGGAAGCAACGAUGGCCAAUCCAGUCAAGGAUGGCCAAGCCCCAGCUCAACCCCACCAACCAUUUCUUUCUCUUCUGUUCUCCACCCCUACCAAAACAACCUGUGGCUCUGUAGUGCAACUUGCUGGAAACAACAUUCAGGACUCAUCAACGUAGUCACAACCUCUCCAAUAAUCUUCAAAAUGGUUGCGAAGUGCGUGAUCCUAUUCGCUGUGGUGGCCGUCGCCAGCGCUGCUGAUUUCUCCAGCUUCUCGUACGGAGUAGCAGACCCCUACACCGGUGAUUUCAAGCACCAGUUCGAGACCCGCGCUGGAGACCGGGUGCAGGGACAAUACGGUCUCCUGGAAUCCGAUGGCACCCAACGGACGGUCGACUACACCGCCGGCGCUGAGGGCUUCAACGCUCUAGUGCGGAAGGACCCUGCUGUGAUCGCUGCCCCCAUUGCCGCCCCCAUCGCCGCUCCCCUUGCCCCCCUCGCAAUUGCCUCUUCCUACCCAUACGCUUACGCCCGGUUCGGAGCCUACGCAUACGCCGCUCCCUUCGCCUACAACCGCGUCCUCUAAGUCAUCACAACGUAUUAUUUUAGAACAAAAUUCUCAUUUGCUCACACCAGUUCGUCUGUACUAUUGUAAAUAAUGUAAAUAAAUUACCGAUAUGUCCGUCUAUUCA